CACUCUCAUGGGCUCUUCAGCCAGAUCCGCAUGCCUUAAGGGCUGAUUCUGAGGCCAGAGUGCUAUUUAGGACAUCUGCCAUUCUAUGAGUCUGCUGUGCAUCCUGCUUCCCAUGAUGGAUCGUUCUCUCCCUUUUUGAUUCUAUCAGUUAGUAUUAGCAGACACUAGUCUUGUUUGUGUGAUCCCUUUGACUCUUAGACCUAUCAGUGUGAUCAAUUGUGAACUGAAAUUGAUCACUUGGACUAGUGAGAUGGAAUUGGUACAUGCCACCUUGAUGGGAUUGUAUUGGGAUCCCCUGGACGAUUCUAACUCCACCAUUAGGGGCAAGUCCGAUUGAGCAUGUCCCAAAUUGUACAUCUCCUCCCUCUCUUAUUCCCACUGUUAUAUUUAACAGGGAUCACUUUUCAGUUAAAAUUUAAACACCUAAGAAUAAUUGUAUGUUAAUCACAGAGUUCAACCAAUAGUACUAGAACAAAAAUUUACUAAAAUGGAUAAAGUAUUACAUUGUACAUCAACAGUCAGGACAAGAGCUGAUCAAGUCACUGUUUCUCAUAGUGUCCAUUUAACUUCAACAGGUUUCCCCUUUGGUGCUCAGUUAGUUGUCCCAGAUCAGGGAGAACAUAUAUUUGUCCCUUUGGGACUGGCUUAAUUCACUCAGCAUUAUGUGUUCCAGAUUCCUCCAUCUUGUUGCAACUGACUGGAUUUAGUUGUUUUUGACUGCUGUAUAGUAUUGUAUAGAGUACAUGUCCCAUAAUUUCUUUAUCCAGUCUACUGUUGAUGGGCAUUUGGGUUGGUUCCAGGUCUUAGCUAUUGUGGAUUGAGCUGCAAUAAACAUUAAUGUGCAGACAGCUUGUUUGUUUGCCAAUUUCAUUUCCUUUGGCUAAAUUCCAAGGAGUGGUAUGGCUGGGUUGAAUUGUAGGGUUAUCUUCAGGUUUCUGAGGAAUCUCCAGACUGACUUCCAUAGUGGCUUGACCAGUUAGCAUUCACACCAACAGUGGGUUAGUGUCCCUUUUUACCCACAUCCUCGCCAGCAUCGAUUGUUGGUAGAUUUCUGAAUGUGAGCCAUUCUAACCGGGGUGAGGUGAAACCUCAUUGUGGUUUUCAUUUGCAUUUCCCUGAUUGCUAGUGAUCUUGAACAUUUUUUCAGGUGUCUGUUGGCCAUUUGGAUUUCCUCUUUUGUAAAAUGUCUGUUGAGGUCCUUGCCCCAUCCCUUAAGUGGGUUGUUUGUUUUGAUGUUGUGGAGUUUCUUGAUUUCUUUGUAGAUUCUGGUUAUCAACCCUUUAUCUGUUGUGUAGUUUGCAAAUAUAUUUUCCCAUUCUGUCAGUUGCCUCUUCACUCUCCUGACUGUUUCUUUUGCAGUACAGAAACUUCUCAAUUUGAUGCAAUCCCAACAGUUAAUUUUGGCUUUGACUGCCUGUCCCUCCAGGGUCUUUUCUAGGAAGUCUUUGCUGGUACCUAUAUCUUGCAGGGUUUCUCCAAUGCUCUCUAAUAGUUUGAUGGUGUUGGGUCGUAGAUUGAAGUCUUUAAUCCAUAUUGAGUGAAUUUUUGUGUAAGGUGAAAGGUAGGGGUCUUAUUCAUGCUUCUGCACGUGGAAAUCCAAUUUUCCCAGCACCGUUUAUUGAAUAGACUGUCCUUACUCCACGGACUGGUUUUGGAUCCUUGAUCAAAUAUAAGUUGGCUGUAGAUGUUUGGAUUGAUUUCUGGUGUUUCAAUUCUGUUCCAUUGGUCUAUCCAUCUGUUUCUGUACCAAUACCAUGCUGUUUUGAUAACAACUGCCCUGUAAUAUGUCCUGAAAUCUGGUAUUGUGAUGCCUCCGGCUUUGUUUUUGUUGUACAAGAUUGCUUUAGCUAUUCGAGGUCUCCUGUGUCUCCAUAUGAAUUUCAGCAUCAUUUUUUCCAGAUCUGAGAAGAAGGUCUUCAGUAUCUUGAUUGGUAUUGCAUUGAAUCUGUAAAUUGCUUUUGGAAGAAUGGACAUUUUGAUGAUGUUGAUUCUUCCAAUCCAUGAGCAUGGAAGAUUUUUCCAUUUUUUGGUAUCCUCUUCUAUUUCUUUCUUUAAGGUUUUGUAAUUUUCAUCAUAGAGAUCCUUAACAUCCUUGGUUAAGCUUAUUCCAAGGUAUUUGAUUGUUUUUGUAGCUAUUGUGAAUGGAAUUGAUCUUAGAAGUUGUUCCUCAGCCAUGGCAUUGUCUGUGUAUACAAAGGCUGAUUUUUGUGCAUUGAUUUUAUAUCCUGCUACUUUGCCAAACUCUUCUAUGAGUUCCAAUAGUCUCUUAGUAGAGUUCUUUGGAUCCCCUAAGUAAAGGAUCAUAUCAUCUGCAAAGAGGGAUAGUUUGAGUUCUUCCUUCCCAAUUUGUAUCCCUUUAAUUUCUUUUUCUUGCCUGAUGGCUCUGGCUAAGACUUCCCAAACUAUAUUGAAUAGCAGUGGUGAGAGUGGGCAUCCAUGUCUGGUACCAGAUCUCAGUGGAAAUGCUUCCAACUUUUCCAUAUUCAAUAGGAUGCUGGCCAUGGGUUUUUCAUAAAUUGCUUUGAUUGUAUUGAGGAAUGUUCGUUCUAUACCUAAUUAGCUUAGAGUUUUCAUCAUGAAAGGGUGUUGUAUUUUAUCAAAUGCUUUCUCUGCAUCUAUUGAGAUAAUCAUAUGGUUUUUCUUCUGCAGUCUCUUAAUGUGGUGUAUCACGUUGAUUGUUUUGCGCACAUUGAACCAUCCCUCCAUGCCAGGGAUAAAUCCCACUUGGGCUGGGUGGAUGAUCUUUCUAAUUGUUAUUGCAUUCUAUUGGCCAGAAUUUUAUUGAGGAUUUUUGCAUCUAUGUUCAUCAGGGAUAUUGGUCUGUAAUUCUCUUUCAGUGCUGCAUCUUUUUCCGGCUUAGGAAUUAAGGUGAUGCUGGCUUCAUAGAAAGAAUUUGGGAGGAUUCCCUCUUUUUCGAUUGUUCUGAAUAGUUUGAGAAAAAUUGCAGUGAGUUCUUCUUUAAAUGUCUGGUAGAAUUCAGCAGUGAAUCCAUCUGGUCCUGGGCUUUUCUUUGUUGGGAUCGCCUUUAUUACUGUUUCAAUUUCUUUCUCAGUUAUGGGUCUGUUUAGGUUUUCGAUGUCUUCCUGGUUCAAUUUAGGUAGGUUGCAUGUGUCCAGGAAUCUAUCCAUUUCUGAUAGGUUUCCCCAUUUGCUGGCAUACAAGUCCUUGUAAUAAUUUCUGAUGGUUCUUUUUAUUUCUGUGGUGUUUGUUGUUACGUUUCCGUUUUCAUCUCUGAUUUUAUUGAUUUGGGUCUUUUCUUUUUUUAGUCAGUUGGGCCAAUGGGGUGUCAAUUUUGUUAAUUUUUCAAAAUACCAGCUCCUCGUUUGUCUGAUUUUUUGUAAUUUUUUUUUGGAUUCAAUCUUGUUGAUUUCUUCUCUGAUUUUAAUUAUUUAUCUUCUCCUACUAGAUUUGGGUCUGGUUUGCUGCAGUUUUUCUGGAUCCCUGAGAUGAAUUGAAAGCUCAUCUAUUUGUUGGCUUUCUAAUUUCUUGAUGUAGGCACCUAUUGAUAUAAACUUUCCCCUUAUCACUGCUUUUGCUGUAUCCCAUAAGUUUUGGUAUGUUGUGCUGUUAUCCUCAUUUACUUCCAAAAAUUUUUUAUUUCUCUUUUAAUUUCUUCUAUGACCCAUUGUUCAUUCAGGAGCAUGUUGUUCAAUCUCCAUGUGUUUGUGUAUGCUCUAGGGAUUCCUGAGUUGCUAAUUUCCAACUUCAUUCCUUUAUGGUCUGAGAAGCUGCAUGGUAUGAUUCUUAUUCUUUUGAAUAUGCUGAUACUUGCUUUAUGGCCUAUUAUGUGGUCAAUCCUAGAGAAGGUUCCAUGUACUGCUGAGAAGAAUGUAAAUGCUUUGUUUGUAGGAUGAAAAGUUCUGUAGAUAUCUGUUAGAUCCAUUUGGGCUAUAGUGUCGUUUAAAUCUACUGUCUCCUUGUUGAUCUUCUGUCCUGUUGAUCUGUCUAUUUCUGAUGGUGGAGUAUUGAAGUCCCCCAGUACUAUUGUAUUGGGGUCUAAGUCUCCCUUUAAGUCCCUUAACAUAUCUUUUAAAUAGACAGUGCCCUGUAAUUAGGUGCAUAUACAUUGAUAAUCAUUAUAUCUUCCUGUUGAAUUGAUCCCUUAAUCAUUAUAUAGUGCCCCUCUUUGUCUCUCCUAACAGUUUUUGUGGUAAAGUUUAUGUUGUCCGAUAUUAAGAUGGCUACGCCUGCUGUUUUUUUAUUUCUGUUGGCAUGGUAUAUCUUUUUCCAGCCUUUCACUUUCAUUCUGUAUGCAUCUUUGUUGGAAAGAUGUGUUUCUUGUAAGCAUCAAAUAGAUGGGUUUUGUUCCCUAACCUUAUCAGCCAAUCGGUGUCUUUUAACUGGACAGUUCAGGCCAUUAACCUUCAAUGUGACUAUUGAUAAGUGGUAACUUUGCCCUGCCAUUUGCCAAAGAUAUUUUCUAAUAUAUGCUUUGAAUUCCCUGUGAUCUUUUGCUGUGAGGUUUCCUUCCUUUACCUUCUUCAUAUUGAUGACGUGUUUCUGUGUAUAACACAUCUUUAAGCAUCUUUUGCAGGGCUGGACGAGUGGUGACAAAUUCUUUCAAUUUCUGUUUGCUAUGAAAGGUCUUUAUUUCACCAUCAUUCACAAAUGAGAGCUUUGCAGGAUAUAAUAUUCUGGGCUGGCAGUUUUUCUCUCUUAGUACCUGGGCUAUGUCUUGCCAUUCCCUUCUAGCUUGUAGGGUUUCUGAUGAGAAGUCAGAUGUGAGUCUAAUUGGAGAUCCUCUGAGAGUAAUCUGACGUUUCUCUCUUGCACAUUUUAGGAUCUUUUCUUUCUGUUUCACUGUGGUGAGUUUAAUUACAACGUGUCGUGGUGAGGAUCUCUCUUGUAUACCCCUGUGUUUUAGAGAUACAUUGUGAAAUAUUUAUGGAUGAGCUAAUAUAGUCUGAGGGGUUGGCUUGAAAUUUGUUUCUUAAAAGUGCUUCUUGUGACAGAUCAUUUGAAUAAAGAAUUCAAUGAAUCUAAAUCUAAUUUCUUCACAAAUAAGUGAAUGCUCUUCUAAAUGUCCUUUUCAUCUCCAGUUCUUGAUUCUUAAUUAGGGUUACAGAAAGACUACAUCUCUAAGUCAAAAGUUUCAGGAGUUGAAAAAGGACUUGAACUUCCUUCCCUCUUUCCUCUCCUGAGUGUGGCGUUUCCUCCUGCUGCUAAAGCCCAUCUUUCUUAGGGGUUGGCUUUUUGAACUCAUUGGCCUCAAAACCAGUGAUUUUCCAAUGAUUUAGCUCUUUAAUCAUAUUUUCCUAAUGUUUUGUCUUAUGUCAUUUAAUAAUCAUUGUUACUAGGACAUUUGUUGCGGUUUUUACUUUUAUUUUUUCUUUACCUUUCCCCCCUUUUAGUGUAUUUCCUGUAAUAAUUUGUUUAUAAAAAGCAGAUAAAAAAGAACAUUUUUCUGAAUACCUUGUGCCAGGCCCUUUCAGAAUCUCAUUUAAUUUUUAGAGCAGCACUCUGUACUAACCCAUUGUACAAAGUGAAUCUUAGCUCCUGGAGGUCAAAACUGCCCUAUGAUUCAAUAUUAGUAGGAAGCUAGUGAAGAUUUGAACCAGUUUCUCUGACUCCAAACUCUAUGUACUUCUAAUUCUACCACAUUUUGCUAUUAAUACUUUUUAUUUUCCUAAAUAGUACUUGAAGCUUCUUUAAGUUACACACUUGUAAAUUAUAGUUUCCAAUACUAAACCAAUUAUUUUUCACUAUUUUUUUUAAAGAUUUUAUUUAUUUGAGAGGUAGAGUUACAGUGAGAGGGAGAGACAGAGAGAAAGGUCUUCCUUCCGUUGGUUCACUCCCCAGAUGGCUGCAACGGCUGGAGCUGUGCUGAUCCGAAGCCAGGAGCAGGUGCCUCUUCCUGAUCUCCCACGAGGGUGCAGGGCCCAAGCACUUGGGCCAUCCUCUACUGCUUUCCCAGGCCACAGCAGAGAGCUGGAUGGGAAGUGAAGCAGUCGGGACUAGAACUGGCACCCAUAUGGUACCACAGGCAGAGGAUUAACCUACUUUGCCACAGCGCCGGACCCUUCACUUAUAUUUUAUGAAGAACCAAUGGAGAGGCUCUCUGAACUUGACUUUGACAUUAAUCAAUUUAAAUGUACGGACAGCAUGCUGACAUAAUCAAGAAAUAUCAGUUGCCAAAGGUCAGAAAUAAUAUUGAACAGUAAAAUAUAAAGAGUUUUUUUUUUAAUUGAUGGAACAAUGAAUGAGAAAAAAUGCACUGUGUAAGUAAAGAUACAGAAUGUUUUCGUAGCUCUCAUUUUACAGAGUUACGUCUUGGCAUUUGUAAAUGGGACUGUAAGUUUAGAAAUAUUUCAGUGACAAUAAUAAGAUGUUAAAUAUAACUCUUCAUUCCUGAAAUUUUAGCUUUUCUUAGUGAUAGUUACCAUUACAAAGAGCAACCAGCCAUGAGAGUGUAUUUAACUUAGAUUUUGAAGGAAUGCUUGAUAUGACUUCAAUUUCUAUGACCCAGAAAUAUCGAUGUGCUAAUUUUUUGAGUUAAAAACUUUCUUUUUAUGUUUUUGUCCUUUUUCAAAUGGGCAAAUGCUGGCUAAAUGUCUUAGAGAAUACAGUAUUUUCAGGAAAUGACAAGAACUAUUGAUUUACUUUAUUCUUAUUCCCUCAAGCAGAACAGCCAUAAAAUAUGUUCAAUUUCUUCUCAUUUCUGUCUGCAGAUUACACUGACUAGUGUUGCAGGUGACAAGUGUGGACAUGAUAGGAGAAUAUUGACAUUUACUAGGAUUUGACUUCAGAGCUUUAGAGAUGAAAUGUCAACUGGCAAAUUCAACUAGAACUAUAUUCACAUAAUUAUUACAGUGCUAUAUUUUGUUAGUUAUAAACAUGAAUAUAGAUCUUACAUAGAUGAUCCCAACAAGGAUAAUUCCUAUUGAAGUCAAACUUCACAUGUAGUAAAAAAAUGAACAGGAAAUCUGUUUGGAAAACUUGAACAUGUAAUUCAGAUAAAAAAAUUUUGAAAAAAAUCUGUCAUUUCAUGAAAUUACACUCAGAUUGACUUGAAUAAUUCUCUAUCAGAUACAAAUUUUCUUUAUGAAAGGUUAAUUUUUUACUUAAUUUCAUUGUUUUUACAGCUUUUAAGUGUGUUAAUUCUUAUGUUAGUCACAAGUCAUUGAAUAAUUCCAGGAUUAUAUUGUCAUUUGAGGAUGAAUACAGUUUAAUUUUGAGAGGAUCUCUAAGCUUAGAAGUACCCAUCUGCUUGUUUGCCUAUGGGUGCACCUGUGCCAGUGGACACGUUUCAUAAAGGCUGCCAAGAAAGCAUAUCCGGCAUGCCUGCACAUUUCUCUCAUUUAGUCCUGCUUCUGCAGGCCUCUUGUUCUGCUGGCUUGCGGUGAUUAUCGCCCUUACCUCUGGCAUGGAGAAUGAGAGAGCCAUCAUGAUUAAGCUACUGAUUACAGCUACUGAAAGCAAUGCCUACAAGCACCCGUAUUUCCUUGUCUUCAUGGACAAUGCCAAAUUCCUCAGAUAUUUAUCCCUGGAGUUGCACAGAAGCACAGCCUACAACAUAUGUGUGUCAUAUGAAAAAGUCAUGUGCAAGUUAAAUUAACUGACUCUUUCCUGUUGACAUCCUGUUUGAAUGGUUCUUUCAGUCAUGAAGUACCUCUGCACAUGGCUCUUUAAAGAGGCUGCAGUUAAAUUCUUAGACUGAAGUGUCUGGGGUUCAAGAUGGUGAAUUUGAAUAUUUUAGGGGGAAUUUUUGUGUGUGUCAUGUCCGAAGUUUCUUGGAAUAAGCAAAAAAAAAAAAAAAAAAAACAAAAAACCAAACACCUGACAUUUUAAAAUUGGUGACAGGAAAAUGAAGUUUAAUGUAUGAAUAAUUUGAGUAAUUCUUUUACAAGUUGUGUUCUUUUAUUGUGUGUAGGGAAGGGCCUGAGAGAGAUAGGGAUUAUACCCAAUGCUGUUCCUGCCUCACAUCUGUGAUGUGUGGACAGCUCUUGUAGCUUGCUCACUGCUCACGUUCAGCCCAAAACCAUGCGAAGAGAAAAACAUGAGAACUGACGACAUGCUCUGGUUCUUACACCUUUGUAAUGAAUGUUUCAGUAGAUCACAACCUUAUCUUUUCUGAGAAUGCAGUGUUAGGGGUAGAUGUGAGGUGCCAGAUGGGACAGGAUGAGCUACACAGAAAGGCAAGAUGACUACUUCAGGGGACCUUGUCAGACACAUAUAACCUUAUAGGAUUGAAUCUAUGAGGCACAUUAGCCUCUCAUCUGGAGAUCUGUCAGCAGCAGCAAGCUAAAAAUGGUCUAGUUUGCAGUUGGUCAGUCUCAUUUGUUUUAUCUUGCUUCUUGUAAGUGGCUUAGAUUUCAGAGGUUGCAUUUUUAAUUGAUGCAAAUUAAAUAUGGGCUAAUUUAUUUUGCAUAUUUAUUUCUGCUGAGACCUACAGGCUGAUUAUACCUAACUGGUUCUGUGGAUAUUAGGUGUCUGAACAGACAUGACAAAGGACCCAGAUAAUAAGGCUGAAUGAAUGCUAGACACUUGUGGGAAAAAGUGAAUCUAGUCAUUGCUGGGGUCUCCAAGAUUACUCCAGGUUUCAUGCUCUGCUAAAAGGACUCACAAAAGUCAGUAAAGCUUACACUCCCACUUUUAGUUUAUUACAGCAAAAUGAUGCAGACUAAAAUCAGUAAAGGUAAAGAGUGUAUAGGGCAGAGUCAGGGAGGAAGAAACAGGCAUGAGCUUCCAGUUGUUUUCUCCCAGUAGAUUUGUAUGGACAGUGCUGCCUUCUCCCCAAAAGAUUUUAUGAAAACUAUGGAACAUUGUAAACCAGGAAAGCUGAGUGUUGAUGUCCAGGGAUUUUAUAUGGGUUGGUCUCAUAGGAAUGGAUAACUUUAGUGUGGAUAACUUUAGGUGCUGCAGAGAUCACACUGACAUUGUGUGGUCUAGGGUCCAGGUGCACACACAGGACUUUGUCAUAAAUGAUGUUAAUGUUAACUUUCUGGUGUGACCAAAGGUCCCAUGUAUGUGAGGGUGCUCUCACUGGGUACAGUAUUCCAAAGGCUCAUGUUAUGUCCUGGGUUAUGUCCUAGGAGCCAGUCAAGGCCACUCUUCUCAGAAUGUGCAUGAUUGGGAUACAUCAAAAUUGCUGAGUUAACCUUUUUACUACACAACUCUAUGUUGACUCAAAGAGAAGUGCCAUCUCAAUUGGACUGGGUGGAUAAUUGGGACAAAGCUACAGUGAUUUGUUUCCUUUUUAAAUCUAUGCAUACAGACACAUUAUCCUUAAUGAAAAUGUCACUAAUUAUUUACUUAUGGAACUAGUAAGGGUGGGAUCUAGGGAUGGGAGAACUGGGAGUGAUUGUGUGGGGGAGGCUGCUGAGGCUGUUGCUGUUCAGUGAAAUAGACAUACCUUCCUCUGUUUCUCACCAACCAUGUGAUUUUGAUUCAAUUUGUGAUGGUUUCAAUUGCGUUCAUUUCGUGUCGUGAUUUAUAUUGAACUUAUUUCUCAUUUGUUAUUGGAUUGAAUUUUUUUCUAAACACUUGUUUUAAAAGUAUGAGAAGUAAAUUAAAAUAAAGCCUGUAGAAGGACUUCAUUAACUGGAAAACACUAAAUACUUUUCACCAAAUGUGUUCCAUAAAACACUAGUUUUCAAAAGUUAAUGGUUUCAUAACAAGGUUUUAAAUCAACUGAGCUUGAAAAAUCCUGGAUUAAGGAAGUUAAUUUUCUUUACUAAACAAGACUUCUUAGAGCCUUUCAUAAAAUAAAAUCCUUUUUGAUUGUUCAAGUGUUAUCUAGACAUCCUUAGUUGUAGAAUUUUUUUUAAGUAUCUAAUGAGAUAACUGGUGGAACACAGAAUGAGAACUACUUUUAACCACACUGACUAUUAUUAUUUUGGAGUCUUGAAGCCAAGUUUUUUCCUUUUGGAACAUGCUCUCAAAAUUAUGCAGAGUGUUGACAUUUUCUGGCCAUAAUCCAUUAUGUGGUAUGAUAUAGAGCUGCCUCGGUUAUGAGAGAGUGUCAUAUAUUUUUAAUUCACUGGAAAAAGUAAUUAAAAUAGUUAAUGCUAAAACAUUUCAUUGUAUUUUAGGUGUGUCUAAAAUGGGAAAAUUUGUUCAAUUUUAUAAUUAAUUGAAAUAUCCUAGUUUUACAUAUCCAACUAUAUAUUUAAAUAUGGUAAGGGUGUUUGUUCAAGUAAGGGUGUUUAAGUGUUUGUGAAGAUUCCUUGUUUAUUACAUGAUUUUAUCACACAUGGAGAAUAAAUAAUAUAUUCACUUUCAUUUUAGUGAAUUUCUGUUUAUUUUGAAAUAGGUCAAUAGGGAAAUGAUUAUAACGUCGCUUCUGAGGACCACAUUUUUAUGGCAUAAUAGCCUUCAUGACCACUGCUAUUUACUGCAGGAUGAAGGCAUUGCAUUCAUUACCAAGACUGGGGUCUCUUAAUCUUUGUUUUCUGUAACAAUAGAACCAGUAGCAUCUAAAAUCUGAAGUUAUGGGGUGGGUGUUUGGCCCAGUGAUUAAAAUGCCUCUUGGGAUGCCUACAUGCUAUAUUCAAGUGGUAGAUUUGAGUCCUAACUCCACUUUGGAUCCAGCUACCUGACAGUGUGCGCCCUGGGAGACAAAUGUGAUGGCUCUUGUAGUUGGGUCCCUGCCACCCAUGUUGGAGUACCAUAUUGAGUUUCUGGUUCCUGCUUUGGGUCUGAUUCAACCUCAACUGUUGUGGAUAUUUGGGGAGUGAACCAGUGGAUGGAACAUCUCUCCCUCUUUUCUCUGGCUGUCUUUCUUUGUCUCUCUGUCCUUCAAAUAAAAUGAAAAUGUAAAAAACAAUUGAAGUUUGAAAUUAUCAAUAGUACUAUAAUACAUUGAUCUAGAGAAAAAUAUAAUAAUAAUUCAUUUAUAAAAUAAUAUAUGUAUAAUAAAUAAUUUCUAUACUUAUGCUGUCCUAUGGCAUUCCAUUAGUUAAAGAAGAAGGAAGGAAGGACCUCUUAUUUGAAAUAGUUUAUAUGAAUCUUCAAGGAAACAGAUUAUCUGAAGAUGGCCACUUCAAGAAAGGAAUAAAAACUUUAUGCUGUUGUAGAAUCCCCUUGUUUCAAUUUUACCUGUUCAUCACCCUAGUGAUUUCUAUUAUCUACUUUUAUUAGGAAUUUUAUAUUCUUUUCUAUUAUCUCCAUGUCUUUUUUCUUAGCUACUUUUUCCCCUGAUGGUUGAGAUAGGUGUUGCAAUUUACAUAGUGAUUUUGGUGGUGGAUUUCUAUUUAUUCUGUAUUGGAUAAAUGUAAGCAAUUCUCAAAAUUGAUUUCAGCCUUGCUAUUGAAUGAAUGCUACUCCUUUUUCUUGCUUCUUCAUGGGAGAAAAUAGUGCUCUUAACUAAGGCAGUAAGCUUCAAGCAUGAGAGCAUGGGCUCUGAAGGCAGACUGCUUGAGUUUGAAUAACAGUUUUGUUUAUCAGCAAAUUACUUAACCAUUCUGUGUCAGCUUGGUUUUCUGUCAAAUGGGGGUAAUAGUAAUACCGACUCCAUAGAGUUAGUGUGAGUAUUACGGAUGUGUUAAUGUAUGCAAAAUGCUUAGAAUUGUACCUGGCAUAUAGUGAGUGUUCAGUAAAUUUUGUUAUUUUUCUCUAGAGCAAUGUUAUGUUUUAUAGAUACUUGGAAAGUGUAACCUUUGCUUGAAACUUAAUUUGGGUUGGAGUACAUUCUAAAUAAUAUCAAAUAUAUUUCUUUGAAUAUAUCUUUCAGAAAAUAAAUAAAUGCUUUUAUUUAACAUGAAUAUCUUCCAUCUAUAGAAAGAAGUACAUCAUAUUCUGAACCCUUGUGUAUAUGGAAUAAAGACUUCUGAUUCAUACUAUGGUUCUGAAAUCAGUUAUAUUACAUAUGCAUGUUCAGCUAAGCAGUAUUUUGGGUCAGUUUCGAUUUUGUCUUGAAAUUUUUCUAAAUGUAGUUACAGAAGACAGGCUUUGCUAUACUCUACUCUCUUAAACUCUUGCCUGAUUCACUCACUUUAGGCUUCUGAGCCCAUGCAUGACUCCGGCUAUUUGGAAUGAAUUUUUUGGAAAAUCUAUGUGCUUUAAAUUUCAUGCAGAGUCUGUGUAUAUUGAGAAGGACCUUAAACGAUGGGUGACUUUUAUGGAAGCCUUACUUGUUUUCAGUCAUAAAGAUCUUGAGAUCCUUGAUAAAUCAGUGAUACUGAAACUCAAAAGUAUAUGUGAUAUUCCUGCCACAGAAGUUAGUUUGGAGAAACUAAUUCAGUCAACAGAAUAUAACUGCACCUAAUAGUUUUGGCUAUCUCAACAUACAACAGAGGGAAAAGAUUUAAAAAUAACUUCCUUGUUAAUACAACUGAUAAUCCAAAAAUGAUAGGUCUGCUUACCACUUAGUAAAAGCAUAGGUGAAGAAUGUUGAGCACAUUUUUGGCUUUAGUACUGGAGCUCUUAAAGGAUCUUAAAUGUCUACAAAUUCAUAGGAGGUGUCUUCUUGUUUGACUUGUGAAUUGUUUAUCUGCCUAUCACAGUUAACUUCUUUCAAUAAGAAUGAUGCCCUCUGAGUAAUGCCCCUGUUGUGAACUAAGAAGGACCCAUGAAUUAUUAAUAACCUGCAGGGUUGCAGAGCCCUUGUAGCAAUGAGAGCAGUGUGCUCUGUACGACAAUUCUGUUCACCUGAUCUUGACAAAUUAGGAGCAUCUAAAACAUACUCCUUCUUGUGAAUACAAGAGGUGGGGGAAAGGUGACUUGGAAAUGCAUCAGUGUUUAGCCUUUUGUAGAAUCUCACAAAGAUAAUAGGGAACAGUGUUUCUUCAUAAAUAACUGCCUCUGCUAUCUUUGUGGUUUAGUGUGGUAGGCUAAUGCCUUUCUGUCAAGCUAAGCUUUAUGGUUCAAUUUCCAAUGUAGUCCUUGAGAAACAACUGGGAAAAAAAAGUAAAAACACAAUUAUAAAGAUGCCUACUCCAUAAUCAUUUAGUCCUGUUUAUAGAACUUGAUCCUCUUCAAGAGUAUAUUCUCCUAUGUAUUAAGCUGAUAGGCAACAAGAGCAAAUAAAACUCUUUACAAGAGUAGCAAUUGUUUUAUCAAUAGCUGGGCUUAUGUGGGAGUCUUGACAGGAGGAUUAGGAAUUUAGCCACAUUGACAUGUAAAAUAUGUAGUGCUGUGCUGCAGGAGGAGAUGGGCUUUAAAACACAGCAAGUGUGUGUUCUCUUGCUAGUUACCAGUGUAUAGUUACAGUGAAAUUUGCUUUAGGAAGGAUAAAGUCUGCUGUAUAUUUCCAAGGUAGUCGUCCAGUACUAUUGAUCUAUUAUUCACUUUUUCUAGUUAUCUAAUACAUUGUUUCAUUUUUAUUGAGGUAUAUCAUAUAAUGGUGAAAUGUGCAAGUCUUAGUCAAAGUAAAAAAAAUGGGGAAAACAAGAAAAAGCAUCCAGAUUAAGAUACAAAUAUUUGUAAGUCAUGAAGACUUCCUGAUUCCAGUCAGUGCUUACCCUAAGUCACCACCAUCUGACAUCUAUCAGCAUGGAUUAAUUAAACCUGUUCUUGAACUUCAUAUGAAAUCAUACAAUGUUUUCUUUUGUGUCUUUUUUCACUUGAUAAUGUAUCUGUAAGGUUUAUCUAUACAUUAAAUAGUACCAGUUGUAAUUUAGGCAUUUAUCAUUUGUCUUGAUUUUUAAUUCUGGCUAGCUUUUAAGUAACAUAUUUCCUUGGUGUGAGGACAGUAAUAAUAGUAGAUUCUCUGAUACAAAGAUAUGUGUCCAUUCUUCAAAAAUCAGUAGAAUCCCUGUCAUAAUUUUCAGAUUCUAAAUAAGUACCAAAUAAUAAGUAUGAUGUUAAUGUUAGGGUCCCCAAAAUGUUCCUUUUUUGUUCCAAGAGCAAAGAGCUCUCCAUUGUAUAUUUUAACAAGAUCUUGAUAGUCAUAGUUACUUGUUGCUGGAGGUCUUAAAUUGCCAUUCUUGCAGUCAUGCUGAGAAUCAAAUUGCAUUUGUGGGCUAGCACACCCUUGUUAAACCAUCCCACUGGCAUGAUAAUUAGAGAUUCCUGCUAGUUUGGCCUGUAUAAAAAAGUAGCACAGGUGGGAAAAUUUACAUACAUGUCUUCCAAUAACAAAUUGUUAUAGUUUCUCAGAAGGUCAAUUUUUGUAUUUCCUAUAGCUUGUUCAUAAUCAACAUGUGAUUACUUUUCUAUCACUUUUGGAUGUAUAACCUCUGCAAUAAGAUGACCACGUUAAGAAAAGGCUUUGUGGCUUAUAAAUAUUAAAUUAUGUUUAUGUGGCUUUAUCUCAUCUCUUUCUUAUGCAGAAAAAUGAGAAGGAAGCUAUUUCCUCAGAAAAGAUUCUUUUAAUUUUCUCUUCCUUCUAUUCUCAGAAGUAUAGUUUUUUCCUUCUCCACAUACCUUUUCAGUCUUCCUUCAUUGUAUCUUAUUUUAAAAUUUAUUCAUUUUUAUUGUCUCAUAAUUUAUGAAUGUAAAUUAGCUUGGUUAGGAGCCAGUGCCAUGGUGCAGCGGGUUAAUGCCGUGGCCUAAAGUGCUGGCAUCCUAUAUGGGAUCCGGUUUUAGUCCCAGCUGCUUCUCUUAUAGCCCAGCUCUCUGCUAUGGCCUGGGAAGGCAGUAGAAGAUGGCCCAAGUCCUUAGGCCCCUGCACCCACGUGGGAGACCCGGAAGAAGCUCCUGGCUUCGGAUUGGCGCAGCUUCGGCCGUUGCGGCCAUCUAGGGAGUGAACCAGCGGAUGGAAGACCUCUCUUUCUGUCUCUACCUCUUUCUGUAACUCUGUCUUUCAAAUAAAUAAAAUACAUCUUUAAAAAAGAUUAGCUUGGUUGGGCAGAUUCAGGAAACAAUUCCCAUGUGCAGACAAAUGCUCAGUGCUUGUUUUCAGUACUGAUCCAUUGUCAGUUGCUGCUGUGGUUUGAGUAGUGUCCUUCUACCGCAGAUUCGUUUCCCAAGGGUUAACAAGGAAGAACAAGAGUGUACUUGAAGACGGGGCCUUUGCAAGGGAAUAGGGUUAAGAUGAAGUCUUGAGGGUGGGGGCCUUCAAGAUUGAGUUAGUGCUCUGGUAAGAGGAGGUGCUAGAGAGUCUUCUCUUUAUCCCUUUAACCUGAGGAUGCGGUGAGAAGGCAGCUGUCUGCAAGCUGGGAAGAGAGAGCCCUAUCUGAACCCAAUCAUGCUGGUGCCUUGAUGUGGGACUUCCAGCUCUCAGAACUGUGAGAAAAUAAAUUACUUUUGGUUAAGCCACCCAAUUCUAUGGUAUUUUGUGAUGGCAGCACCUGAGCUGAGUAAUACAAUUGCCAUUCUUAUUAAGAAUGAAGUAGUUAGGCUAUCCUGUUAAUAUAAAUGAUUGCUGGGGCCAGUGCUGUGAAUCAGUGGGUUAACACCCUGGCUUGAAGCGCCGGCAUCCCAUAUGGGUGCCGAUUCUAGGCCUGGCUGCUCCACUACUGAUCCAGCUCUCUGCUGUGGCAUGGGAAACAGUCGAAGAUGGCCCAAGUCCUUGGGCCCCUGCACUCACAUGGGAGACCUGGAAAAGCUUCUGGAUCCUGGCUUCAGAUAGGCACAGCUCCAGCCGUUACAGCCAAUUGGGGGAAUGAACCAGCGGACAGAAGACCUCUCCUUCUCUGCCUCUCCUCUCUCUGUGUAACUCUGACUUUAAAAUAAAUAAAUAAAUCUUUUAAAAAAAUGAUUGCCAAUAGUUAUUUAUGGUAAUUAUUUGUAGACUCCUUUUUGAUAUCCCAAAGAAUUUAUUUUGUAGUCUCCUGUAGAAAGGAUCAAAUUUCCAGCUUCCCCAAAUGGCUUUUCUUACCUUGUCCUAGCCAUCCCCCACAAACAAACAAAUAAACAACUGGUCAUUAUGCCACCUAACUAGGUAUUCAAUUUGAAUUCUUUGUCCUUCUUCAAGAACUGUAUGAUUACAUUAAGUAUCCAGAGCUUAUAGUGCACCAGUCAUGCUCAGAGCAUCAAGGCAGUUACACACUGUGGGGCCUAACAUUUUACUCUGUAAGAGAAAACUUUUACUCUCAAACAGAAAAAUUAUGCCACUAUUUUUAGAUUUUUUUUCUCAGUUACUUUUGGUUUAUGUUGCUGUAGCCUAAUUUAUACUGUGGGUGAGAGGCCUGGGAAGAGGCCAACCUAUUUAACAAUCUGUGCCCUGUCCUUUCAACAGUUAGUAUGCCUUUCAUGUUUUUAAUGUAAAAUUAACAGUCAUAUAUUUGCUUUUAUGUGAAAAAAAUUCCUAAAUUCUUUUAUAGUGUUGAAGAGAUAUCACAGUUCUUCCCAAUGCUUAGAUUUAUGGACACUCGUUGAAAAUAUGUCAGAUAUCUCCAGGCAAAAAUGUAUCAGAAGAGUCUUCAUGAUGGUACUAAAGAUGAUAGCAAACCUACACGGGAGACCCAGGUGGAAUUCCUGGCUCCUGGCUUUGGCUCAGCACCGCCCCAGCUGUUGUGGGCAUUUGGAGAGUGAACCAGCACAUGGGCAUGCUCUCUGUUCCUCUACUUCUUUCCCUCUACCCCUCUCUUUCUGUCUUUAAAAUAAAUAAGUAUUUUUAAAAAACUCAGAUGAUGGCAAAUGUACAUUGAUUGUUCAUGGUGCACAUGCGUCUGUGCCACAUUGUGAUGUUCUCAUUUAGUCAUUACAGCAGCACUAUGAAGUAGGCUCCUCAUCCGCAUCUUACGGAUGACAGCAUUAAUGCUCAGAGGAAGCCGGUGAUUUGCCCAAGCUCUAGGGCUGGUCAGUGAUGAGGAUGCUUUAAACCUGUGCAGGAGAAUGUUUAGACCUACCAGCAGAUAUGAUAGAUAUGAUUUAUAUAAUUCAAGUCCUCUUUAUUUUACACAAUAAAUAUGCUUAUAAAAAUACUAUGCCUAAAUUAUAUUUUGUUACAUUUUUAAAGUCUUAAAAAGCUCAACUUUUAAAAAAUCCAUUUAUUUGAAAGGGAGAGAGAGAGAGAGUGUGUGAGAGUGCCCAUCUUCUGGUUCACUCUCCAAAUACCUAUAAUAGCUAAGACCUGGCCAGGCCAAAAUGAGCUGGCAACUCAAUCCACAUCCCUCACAUGGGUGGCAGGAACCCAAUUACUUGAGUGGUCACUCCAUUACUUGGGCAGCUUCUCAAGAUGAGCAUUAGCUGAAAGCUGAGAUGAACAGAGCCAGGACUGUAAGCCAUACACUCUGAUACAAGAUAAGGGCAUCCCAACCAACACCUUAACUGCCAGGUCAUAUUCCCACCCCAUUGUUUGGUAAAAUAAGUAUUCCCUUAUUUAUAUAUUUGCUUUAUUUGACAUGUUCCUAUUACUAGGUAUAUUUAAAGGAAGGCUAACCAUUUUCUCUGGUUUUGUUUUGAAUAAUUUAUCUUGUUAACGUUGAUCACGGUUUGAAUUGAAUAACCUGCUUCUUGCGUCCUAUCUGGGACUAAACCAACAACAAUAACCCUCUGGGUUACACAUUCUUCCUGACUUCAUUUUAUAGAUGAAGCAGGAGAGGCUUAGAAAAUGAACAGUAUUGAUAAUCAGAUCCUAGGCUUCUGACUGCAAAUACUAAGCUUGCUUUUCUGAGUCUCCCUACAUAGACACAUUUCACAGGUCACUGCUCAGCUCGUGCUUUGUUAGGGUUAUCCCCUGAUAGUCACUGCUCUGGAAUAAACACUCAUCUCUAAGGAACAGUUAGUUGCCUUGAAAAGUAGACAUGGUUUUCUAAUUGUAUAGAAAACUGUGGAGUAUUCAUACACUUUUAAAUGUACCUUAUGGCUUAAUAGUUACAAUGUAUGCUGCCUCAAUGUUCUUCUCAAGGAUGGCAAACACUGGAAAAAUAGGAAAAAAAGAAUGUCUUCAAUUUGCUUCAGCAAAGAUAAUCGAUCUUUUGUAGUGUUUACAUCACGUCAGUAAAAUGUAGCCUUUUUUUUUUUUAAUUUUUUGACAGGCAGAGUUAGACAGUGAGAGAGAGAGAGAGAGAGAAAGGUCUUCCCUCCAUUGGUUCACUCCCCUAAUUGCCACUACGGCCGGUGCUGUGCCGAUCCGAAGUCUUUGCUGGUACCUAUAUCUUGCAGGGUUUCUCCAAUGCUCUCUAAUAGUUUGAUGGUGUCAGGUAGUAGAUUUAAGUCUUUAAUCCAUGUUGAGUGAAUUUUUUGUGUAAGGUGAAAGGUAGGUGUCUUGCUUCAUGAUUCUGCAUGUGGAAAUCCAAUUUUCCCAGCACCAUUUAUUGAAUAGACUGUCCUUACUCCAGGGACUGGUUUUGGAUCCUUGAUCAAAUAUAAGUUGGCUGUAGAUGUUUGGAUUGAUUUCUGGUGUUUCUAUUCUGUUCCAUUGGUCUAUCCAUCUGUUUCUGUACCAGUACCAUGCUGUUUUGAUAACAACUGCCCUGUAGUAUGUCCUGAAAUCUGGUAUUGUGAUGCCUCCGGCUUUGUUUUUGUUGUACAAGAUUGCUUUAGCUAUUCGAGGUCUCCUGUGUCUCCAUAUGAAUUUCAGCAUCAUUUUUUCCAGAUCUGAGAAGAAGGUCUUCAGUAUCUUGAUUGGUAUUGCAUUGAAUGUAUAAAUUGCUUUUGGGAGAAUGGACAUUUUGAUGAUAUUGAUUCUUCCAAUCCAUGAACAUGGAAGGUUUUUCCAUUUUUUGGUAUCCUCUUCUAUUUCUUUCUUUAAGGUUUUGUAAUUUUCAUCAUAGAGAUCCUUAACGUCCUUGGUUAAGUUUAUUCCAAGGUAUUUGAUUGUUUUUGUAGCUAUUGUGAAUGGAAUUGAUCUUAGAAGUUGUUCCUCAGCCAUGGCAUUGUCUGUGUAUACAAAGGCUGUUGAUUUUUGUGCAUUGAUUUUAUAUCCUGCUACUUUGCCAAACUCUUCUAUGAGUUCCAAUAGUCUCUUAGUAGAGUUCUUUGGGUCCCCUAAGUAAAGGAUCAUAUCAUCUGCAAAGAGGGAUAGUUUGAGUUCUUCCUUCCCAAUUUGUAUCCCUUUAAUUUCUUUUUCUUGCCUGAUGGCUCUGGCUAAGACUUCCAGAACUAUAUUGAAUAGCAGUGGCGAGAGUUGUCAUCCCUGUCUGGUACCAGGGAAAUGUUUCCAACUUUUCCCCAUUCAAUAGGAUGUUGGCUGUGGGCUUUUCAUAAAUUGCUUUGAUUGUAUUGAGGAAUGUUCCUUCCAUACCCACUGUGCUUAGAGUUUUCAUAGCUUAACCUGCUAUGCUUAGUGCCUGCCACUAUCCUUUUUUUAAUAGAAAACUUUAAAAGAAAAAGUUUAAAAAUAUUAUUUCCAAAAUUCUUUUUGUUUCCUGUUUCUGCCUAAGGCAAGACAAUACAAGUUUGUUUACUCUCUGGGAAGGCCACAUGUUGGUGGAAUUGCUCCAUUUUAGGCUGAGUUUUAGUUUUUUCAAAUUCAUAAUCCUUCAAGAGGUAUGAUUUCUAUAUAAAUUUAUUAGAUAACAGAUUUAACAACCCCAGGAGACUAGCUGAAGUUUCUGUUGAUUUAUAGUUAGUUAGCUAAUGACCCAUGAGCCAGUUAUUUGUACGGCAUAUUCUGUUUUGUAGUAGCACAGGCUUCUUCCAUAGACUUAGCUUGCUAGUUUAGCAGUGACUAACUAAAGAGAUUUGUGUCUUAUAGAUUAUCCUUCUCUCUGUAGGUUGCUUAUCUUCUGAGAAUGUGUGGCAAUUAUCUGGAGCAGCUAUUUGCAGUAGAAUCUUCUGAGUGUUCGUCAGGUUCAACUCCAGCCACGGUUUCCCAGUGGAGGUCGAUUCUGACACCAGCAUCUCCCAGCUCAAGGAGGCGGUUGCUAAGCGACAGGGGGUUCCAGCUGACCAGUUGCGUGUGAUCUUCGCAGGGAAGGAGCUUGGGGAUGAGUCAACAGUGCAGUGGACACAGCCUGAAUCUUCUGUGUGUCCCACGACUCUAGUGGACCCAGCCUGAAUCCUCCCGUACUGGAAGCUCCCUGGGUGCAUCGAGAGGCCCUGAAGUGAUGAGCUGCCUGGUGCUGAUGUGCACCUGCGUGGGCACAGAUAAAUCCUGGGCAGCUGGUGUGUGCUGAUGUGCAGAGUGUAUCUUCCUUGUCGGUGCCACUGCUGUUAUCCUCUAAUUACUGUGGAAUUCCCAUGACAUGAAGGAGAACCAAGGCUCUCCCCUGGGUACCAGGAUGCCUGAGGAACUGAGAACACACAAGUAAAUGUUAGGAAGCCCUCCUAGGAAAAAAAAUCUCCAAAGUAGACAGGAAGAUCCCUAAUGAAUGUCUACUGCUGCAGAACUGAACUGUGACCUGGAACAGCAGAGCAUUGUUCAUGUUGUGCAGCGACCACAGAGAAAAGGUCCAGAGACCAACACGCCUGGAGGAGACAACCCCAGAAGGACCUCAGGAGGCUUCCAGAGGGAGCCAGCGAGCUUAACACGCGUGGACCUCAGCAGCGACAUGCUGCCGGCAGUCUCCGUGGGGCUGGCUGUUAUUCUGGAUGCCAAUGGCAGCAGGGGCUCAGCAGCAGCUGGAAGUCCAGGUAGACCAACCUACAACAGCUUCUAUGUUUACUGCAAGGGCCCCUGUCAAAGAGUGCAGCCAGGAAAACUCAGAGUUCAAUGUGGCACCUGCAGACAAGCGACCCUCACCUUGGCCCAGGGCCCAUCUUGCUGGGAAGAUGUCUUGGGUCCAAACCGGAUGCAUGGUGAAUGCCAAGCCCCAAACUGCCCUGGGACCAGAGCAGAAUUUUUCUUUAAAUGUGGAGCACACCCGACCUCUGACAAGGAAACAUCAGUAGCUUUGAACCUGAUCACAACCAACAGUCGCAACAUCUCUUGCAUAACCUGCACGGACAUAAGGAACCCUGUCCUGGUCUUCCAGUGCAGCCAGCGCCACGUGAUUUGCUUGGACUGUUUCCACUUGUACUGUGUGACACGGCUCAACGAUCGGCAGUUUGUCCACGACCCGCAGCUUGGCUACUCCCUGCCCUGUGUGGCUGGCUGCCCCAACUCCCUGAUUACAGAGCUGCAUCACUUCAGGAUUCUCGGAGAAGAGCAGUACGGCCGGUACCAGCAGUAUGGAGCGGAGGAGUGUGUCCUGCAGAUGGGCGGCGUGCUGUGCCCCAGCCCCAGGUGUGGAGCAGGGCUGCUGCCCGAGCCAGGCCAGAGGAGAGUCACCUGCGAGGGAGGCGGCGGUCUGGGCUGCGGGUUCAUCUUCUGCCGCGACUGUAAGGACGCCUACCACGAAGGGGAAUGCAGUGCACCGUCUGAGGCAUCAGGAGCCGGAGCUCAGGCCUACAGGGUGGACGAGAGAGCCGCGGAGCUCGCUCGCUGGGAAGAGGCCUCCAAGGACACCAUCCAGAAAACCACCAAGCCCUGUCCGCGGUGCCACGUGCCGGUGGAGAAAAACGGAGGAUGCAUGCACAUGAAGUGUCCGCAGUCCCAGUGCCGGCUUGAGUGGUGCUGGCACUGCGGCUGCGAGUGGAACCGCACCUGCAUGGGCGACCACUGGUUCGACGUGUAGCCGGGCCGGUGACUGGAGGAGCACGGCGUCCUGCCUUCGUCCACGGCGCCUGCCUUUUACACACACGCACACACACAUGUGCGCACACGUGCACACCCUCACACCCCCAUGUGCACAAACCCCAAUGUGCACACACACCCAUGUGUGCACACGUGCACACCCUCACACCCCCAUGUGCACUCACAUGUAGAUGCACACACGCACACACCCAUGUGCACACACACACGUGCACACCCUCACACACCCUUGUGCACACACAUAGAUACGCACACAUGCACACACACCCAUGUGCACACACACGCCGACGCAUACACACACGUACCCACCCACACUCACGUUCUUUCUAUAGCAGCAUGUAGCAGCUCCUGGUCCCGGUGACCACGUCCUGCUGACGAGGUAUCGUCAGGCCUCAGGAUCACGUGGCUGCCGGAGCACAGAUUAGAGAGAGUGCAGAGGGGGAGGCGGCUAUCGCGAGAGGGUCAUCUUGGACAGAAAGGCUGUGGGUGACAGAAAUUACAUUUCCUGCGUUGGGCUGUCAGCGAUCACCAUGAAGGAAAGUCGUCCCGGGGACUGCUUGCCCGGGCUCUCUGUGACACGGGCUGUGGCGCAAUCUCAAACACACACUCAUGGCUUUGAGAGCAGUGUUCUCAUUUCAGUCUUCACACAGUCUGUUCCCAGAGAACCCCAGGCAAUAGUCAAAAACAUCUGUUUACCCCCAGAAGCCUAUCUUUACAAAUUACACUGAUGACACACCAACGGCGGAGAAUCGACCUUCCAGCUCGGUGAGGAGUUCUGGAAGUUCCUUUGUGGAAUGUUUAAAGGGCAGGAAAGAAGUCAAAACUUAACAAUCUUUCCUUCACUCCAUUACUGGCGGCUUUAGAAAGAAUUGUCACAAAAUGCAGAGUGUGGUCCGAGGCCUCACUGUGCACGUAGUGUGCCCACGGAGGGGACGCUGUCCGGAGCUCUUUCCUAUUCAGCACCAACAGACAUGCAGGCCAGUAGUCAGACUCUUUCAAGAAGAGCCCUUCUGGGGCUGUCAACACGCACAGGUGCCCAUGGCUCCCGGUCAGAAGGGCCCACACUGCCCCCUGGAGGCCCGCCCUGUCCCUGUGCACACCUGCCUUGUCCCCAUGCACACCCGUGCUGUCCCAUGCACACCCGCACUGUCCCCAUGCACACACCCGCCCUGUCCCCAUGCACACCCACGCUGUCAACAUGCACAGGUGCCCAUGGCUCCGGGUCAGAAGGGCCCACACUGCCCUCUGGAGGCCCGUCCUGUCCCCGUGCACGCCUGCCUUGUCCCCAUGCACACCCGCCCUGUCCCCAUGCACACCCUGUCCCCAUGCACACCCACCCUGUCCCCGUGCACAUCCGCCCUGUCCCCGUGCACACCCUGUCUUCAUGCACACCCUGUCCCCAUGCAUACCCUGUCCCCAUGCACACCCUGUCCCCGUGCACACACCCGCCCUGGCCCUGUGCACACCCUGUCCCUAUGCACACCCACACUGUCUCUGUGCACACCCCGUGGGUUCCUCCAGGGACAGUCCUCUCUCAGGACUGUAAACACACACUCGAUCCUGCCUGUUUACAUGGAUCGAACCCAAGUCUUGAUCAUAUUUUAGGUUUUUGUGGUUUUUUUUUUUUUUUUUUUGAGGCAUUUGUAACACAUCUGAAGGGUCUACACGGACAUGGCACUCCUCAUUUUCCCUGAUUGAGAAGGGCUGCCCUGCACGGCUCUGCCUGGCUGCCCAGAGAGGUGGCAGGCAUGGCUGACACGUACUGAGGUCCCUUUUGGGUAGGGCCCUGGGUAGACACAGCGCCACGGGCCUUGCUGCGGGCACUCUCCAGGUCUUGCCUUCAGGACAUCUCAGCCCACCUCAUCCAUUUCUCCCUGCCAUGCGGGGACAAUCCCGCCUGCCCCCAGCAGCGUGUCUCAGCAGCGUGGACAAUCCAUGUGGCUUCACCCACCAGGAAACCCCACUACAGCCACACAAGGGUCAGGCAGCAUAGGGGCUGCAGGGGAAUGGGGGAGACAGCAGGGUCUGUGUGGCCACUGGGCCUGGUCCCCGGACUCCACCACAGACAGAGCCCCGCCUUUUGUCACCAGCAAUCCCAGACAGCCACGAGUCCUUACACUGGCCCUGGACGUGACAAAUCAUGCACGACCCUGGGUCACGCACACAGCACUUCUGUCACCAUGGCCUUUCUGUCUGAGAUGACCCUUUCGCAAUAGCCGCCUCCCCCUCUACUGUGGGGGCCGGGUUCAGGAGCGGCUGGGCCAUCCGGGGUGGCCUCUUGUCCCUGCCUGGUGGUGAGAUUCUUCUCUUCCAUCCCCUUCACAAUGGACAGUGAUGCUUAAAAUAACUGCGAGAGAAAGGCCGCCACUGUCCGUGAGCACGAAUCGCACACAAUAGGAGUGUUUUCCGUGAGCGUGGAAGCUGUGCCAGACUGCGAAUGCAUCAGAACAGAAACAGAGUAUCUGCGGUAGAAUCUUUAUCUGAAAUGUGUGAUGAGAUUUCUGAUGGCUGUGUCGAAGGUUGCACUCAAACUGACAAUAAAAGAGCAUCCAAAGA